GUGUCCCUCCAAUUCGCUGUCACUGACCCACACGAGGAUUGUUAAGGAUCAAGAGCAACUGAUGGCGUAAAUUAGUAUCGAACGCGUGUUCGAUUUUAGUAUUCCACGUUUGUAAAUCGUUUUAUUCCUUAAUAACAUGAAGAUCUUGGAAGAUCCCAUUUUUAAAACUAAGUACAUGAAAAGCAAACUCCGCGUAAAACAAUGGGAAAGCGAUUUUAUGGAAAAGUACGGACGCAAGCCUAACAAAAAUGACAUAAAAGAAGCAGAUAUUUCUAUCAAAGAAGCAUACAAGAUAUAUUGGAAACUAAAAACGCGCGCCCUUGAGGAAACUCUUACAGAUAUUACUUUCUACGAUGAUGUGCAAGACAAUGUCACUAAUAACUUGCUACAAAAAUCAGUAGAUGAUCAGGAUAGGAUUCCAAGUCCAGAAAAAAAUACAAAAGAUACAGAGAACAUAGAUCCACAUGAUAGUAAAUGUUUUACAGAAAUUGAGGAUUCUUUCAGUGAAUUGAAUACACCAACAAAUGUUGAAGGAGUUUGGGGAGAUAAUUUGAACAAGAUCAAGGAAAAGCCGAAGCGGAAGCAAUUAUUGAUUGGUAGAACUUCAUCUUUUCAACUUUCUAAAAACAAGUUUGAAAGUUCAACCUUUACUAAACGAAAUCCCAGAAAAUCAUUAUCAUUGACUAAAAUCAGGAACAAAUCUGAGAGUAAUUCUAGUUCAAGUAUUGAUCAGAGUGGUAAAGAUGAUGGCUUUGAUACGACAGUUAAUGAAGUGAAGUCUCUGUUUGGUGAAUCAAUGAAAUUAACAUUUAAAGAAAGCAAACCUACCAGUCAAUAUUCCAUCAAUGCUGUCCAACAAUUAGCAGAUGGCCACAUGACUUGUGUAAGCCGUAAUUUAAAUGAGGGUUGGCUUGAUCGAUGUACAAAGGAGAGUAAUUUGAACAUAGAAACUAUUAAUCUACAAAGAUUCUCGGGUACUAGCGAUUCUGGAGUGGAAUCAAUGGAAUCCAGUAUUCAUUCUCCAAAGUCAUCUGUUGCGCAUUCUGCCACAAUGCUCCAAGUUUCCGACGAAGAUUUUAUAUGCAACAGUGAUUCCGAAGAAGAGUGCAGGAAAAAACGUAUCAGAAAUUUCAAAAAACAGUUAAGUAAUCAAGAUAAUGAUCAUCCUACAAAACGACAAUGCGUUAAAAUUGAUUUUGAUUCCACGAUUAUUGAAUCUAAUGCUAUAAUCAAUAAUGAUACAUUCAAGCAGACUUGUUAUGUUAAUGCAAGUUCUGAUUUAAUAUUGAAAAAUAAUUAUAGUAAAAACGCAGCUGAUGACAAUAUUAAUACAUUUAAAUUAACUAACGAUAUUAAAACGAAUUUUAAUACAUUGAACGAAUCAGUUAAAAUUGAAAACAAUAUAAUUCCCUUGGAUUCAAACAUCGAGUCGAACAUUGCUAAUAAUGAUAAAAAGACAUCUGAGAACAUUUGUCAAACAAAUAGUAGGUCUAGAGUAACAAAUACCAUUCCUGAAUCAGCUGAUUUUAUAAAUCAGGAAAACACUUUGAUGUCUAAUGAGAAACCAGUGAGGCAAUGUACACGUGGAAGAGAGAAACAAGUAUUAUUUGAUUCCAAUCCUAAUUGUACAGAAGAGAAAACUAAAAAGACAAAAGUAAAGACGAAUGGCACUACGAAGAUACGUUCCGUUAAAAAAUCUACAGAUCAGCAAAAUAAAGAAAAGACGAUGAACAAUGAAGAAAAAUGCGAUAUGAGAGAAAAGAGAAGAUCUCUUAGAAGAAAAUCAAGUUUAGAGGAUGAGAAAAAGCAAAGUUCGGACCUGGAAACAUACGAAAUUCCGACAUACGACAUGAAAAUGUUGCAAACGGUUCCUCGCUUUACAAUAAAACCAACAGAGACUAGCGAUCUUAUCGCGCAACUUUCCGAAUCGCUUCGCACUGAUGAACUAGAAAAUGAUACUCUGAUACCUUCAAAAGCAAAUCCCAAACUGACUGCGAUAGAGAAGCUGGAGAAGAAAAUGGAUACCGGAACGAUGAAUAAUAAUUUCGUUAGGAUAAAUUUGAAAAAGAAGGUGUACGUGCGAGGCAAAAAGAACUUCAGUUUGUUUAAGUAUAAGAGAAAUCAGUGGAAAAAUAGGAAGAAGCUGGCAUCCAGCGAAAGCAGUUUGGAUGCAGCUGAUCUGAUUGACAAAAAUGGCAUAACAUGUUUUAAAUGCGGUGAGUCUGGGCAUUUCGCUAAAUGUUGCACAACUUCCAAGAAUGCUACUCUUUUGCCUUUGAACGAGAUCGACGAAUCUACAAACUUUCCGACUCUGGAGGAAGCUGAAAAGAUGGCCAGUAAGAACGCACAAAUUGCGCAAGGUCAUAGAACCGAUUGGCUUUCGCAAGAAUCGUCUUAUUCCACUACGAAUAUUUCGUGUUCGCAACACGAAGAAAACAAAGACAUAGCGAAGUUAUUCGAUGACGACUUUCCGGACGUCAAUGAAAAAGAUUUAAUUUUCCAGCAUAAGAUACCACAGGAAUUAUUGUCCAGAUUAUUGCCGCCUGAACGAGGAAUAGUCGAUCCGCUAUAUUCUGCAAACGAAGAUGGUAGUCUUAUCAAAACUCCGACGGAAGUCUUCGAAGCGUUGCGCACGUUUGGUCAUGAAAGUUUUAGGACCGGCCAAGAGAAAGCAAUCAUGAGGAUUUUGUCUGGCCAGUCUACUCUGGUGAUGCUAUCGACGGGUUCUGGGAAAUCCUUAUGCUACCAAUUGCCGGCGUACCUGUACUCCCAGCAUUUCCGCUGCAUUACUCUAGUAAUUUCACCCUUGGUAUCCUUGAUGGACGAUCAAGUAAUGGGUAUGCCUAAGGUUCUGUCCGCUGCAUGUUUGCAUACCAAUCAGACACCGAAGAUAAGAGAGCAAGUGAUGCAAUCGGUGAAGGAUGGUAAAGUGAACAUUCUUCUGGUGUCACCGGAAGCAGUGGUAGCUAGUGAAAAAUCUACUGGGUUUGGUGCCCUCCUCAAGCAGCUACCGCCAAUUGCGUUUGCUUGCAUCGACGAAGUCCACUGCAUCUCUCAAUGGUCGCACAAUUUCCGACCUUCCUAUCUGAUGGUUUGCCGAGUGCUCAAGGAGAAGCUGCGCGUGAAGACGAUAUUGGGACUUACGGCGACUGUCACGAAGACCACUGCAGAAAGUAUAGUGAAGCAUCUGGAUCUACACGACGGUAUGUCCGGCAUCAUAUCCGACGUACCCUUGCCUAAGAAUCUCAUUUUAACGGUGUCCAAAGAUGAAAACAAGGAUUACGCGUUGAUCGCGUUGUUGAAGAGCGACAGAUUCCGCGAACUUGACUGUAUAAUAGUCUACUGUAUUCGUAGGGAAGAGUGCGAGAGAAUCGCAGCCUUGUUAAGAAUAUCGCUGAAGGAUCCGCGAAACCCUGAGAAGCCAAAGGCGAAGAUAUCCACGAUAGCCGAGGUUUACCACGCCGGUAUGACGGCUUACAAGCGCAAAAUUGUACAAAAGGAGUUUAUGAGUGGCAAAAUUAAAAUUGUAGUUGCCACUGUUGCAUUUGGAAUGGGCAUCAAUAAAUCAGACAUUCGAGCUAUCAUUCAUUAUAAUAUGCCCGGUACCUUCGAAGGAUACGUGCAAGAGAUUGGUCGUAGCGGAAGGGACAGUAUCACUGCACACUGUCAUUUAUUCUUGAAUCCUACGCAAAAUAGUGAUAAAUGGGAAUUACGUAGACAUAUACAUGCGAACGGUGUCGAUAGAUAUACGAUUAGACAUCUGCUUCAAAGAAUUUUCAUCCCUUGCUCUUGCAAAAAAAUCAAUGAGAAAAAUUCCAAUUGGAGGUGUCCUGGUCACGAAGUCGCUCUUCCAAUCGAUGAGAUCGUAAAAGACCUUGAUAUUACGCAGGAAACAAUUUCGACAUUACUCUGCUAUCUCGAAUUACACCCAAAGAGGUUUAUUACCGUGUUGUCGUCUGUAUACGUGCGAGCGCGGGUUUCCAGCUACAAUGGACCACAAGCUCUUAAACAAGCGGCACAAUCUUCUCCACCACUUGCAAUGGCGAUAGCAUUGGACAUGCAGAAGGGGAUUUCGCAUGAGGACAGUAACAUCAUAGAAUUUUCGGUAAUCAACGUCGCAUCGGCCAUAGGCUGGGAUAGUGGGAUAGUAAAGAGUCAUCUCAAAACGUUGGAAUGGACGACAGGAGCUGAUGGAAAAACGAAACGCUCGGCUAUAUCGGUACAAUACGAUAAACUCGGCUUACGAGUGAAAGCGCCGGGUGAUCUGACAGACACGGAAUUGGAUGAGGCGCUUGACACACUGAUCGCCCGUACCCAGUCUCAAGAAUCUUCGUGUUUGCAGCAACUCGAACUCAUAUCCUUCGCGUUCGAUAAAAUUAGCGUACCAACGAUCAAGGAUUGUUUGAUUUUGGACGACGAUGUCAUGAAGAGAUCGGACGAACUUAAAAAUAUUAUCAGAGACUACUUUCAAUCGGAUUCUCCUUUAAAUAAUGCUGAUAUUGGUUUCCAGGAUAAGGUGACGAAUGAGGAGCAGAUUGCUGCCGAUGUGCGCAAUUUGAUAAUACGUUAUAGAGAUACGAAAUUUACUGGUCGUGCUGUAGCUCGCAUCUUUCAUGGAAUACAAAGCCCGAAUUAUCCUGCAUUGAUUUGGAGCAAGUGUCGUUUUUGGAGGGUACAUAUCGCUGCAAAUUUCAAUGUUAUUUGUAAAAUUGCGACUAGAGAAAUUCUAGCGUUACGAUAACGAGAUUGGUUAAUCGAAUGAUAAUGUACUUGACAUAUAUUUAAUUCUUUCUAUUAUUAUUAACUUCAUUUCAAGUUUUAUUGAAAUAAAUUUUAAUAGUGCAUUGAGAAAUUGAUAUGAAAAAAAUUAUUUCUCUUUAAAAACUUACAUGGUCUCAAUAUUCGAUUUCACGUUAAUUUAUCAAAAUUUCAUUAAAAACAAGUAGUCGUGUAAACUUAUUUUAUGUUUGGAGAUAU